GAAACUAUGCAUUUUGUUCAACAAGUAAAAUUGUUUAAUAGUUUCAAUAGAUAUUCGCGAGUGUCACUUUUUGUGUUUUUUAUUUAUUAUUUCUGUAGGAAAAAGUCAUCUUCAACGUCGUUAGGUGGUAACAUACUAAGUCGAUGUGGAAAUUAUGGGUUAAAAAGUUCGGUGGGGACAUGGUAGUAAAUCUGUUGUUUUUGUUGCCGUUCUUUGUGGAAAGAGUUAACGGAGUCAGGCGUAAUUUUACAUACGAGGAAAGGGAAUCAAAGCUUAGGAAAUCUCGAAUAAUUCCUGAGUUGAUAAAGAAAAUGCCGGAACACCCCCUCCAGAUAAAAUACGUGAAAAAUUGCGUAGUCAAUUACGGGAACCUACUGCAAGCUCCCAAACUUGAGUAUGAGCCCUUCAGAUUUAGGUGGCCAUGUGGGCUUCAAACGUACUACACUUUGAUAAUGAUAGAUCCAGACGUACCAUCCAAAAAGAAUCCAAAGAAAAGGGAACAACUACUGUGGCUGGUUGUAAAUAUCAAAGCAAUUUUUGUAAUGGCAGCUCAACACAUCGCAAAAUACAUGAAACCGGACCCGGGAAAAGACACAGGUCCACACAGGAUCGUCUUCAUUUUGUUCGAACAACCGAAUGGCGUGACCAAGUUUAACGAGACCGAUUAUAAUGAUCCGGAUGAUUUGGACUGUCGGUACCACUUUUCAACGGAACAAUUUGCCAAAAAGUACAACCUAGGCGAUCCUCAUGCGGUCAACUUUUUCACGACCAGGUGGAAAUACGUGCCUACAACAGCAGAACCUUGGGGUACACCGGCACCUGGCUAUCACAACGAAAUACUUUGGGAUGGAGACGAAAUAAUAACAGAUAACCUCACCCCGCCCUACUGAAAUGGGAAGUUGAAUAUUGCAUCAAAACUUCCUACCAUAAACCCUUUCAAGAACAAUGUCUCUUCACGGACACGGAAAAUGAUUGCCAAUAGGCCCCGAGUUCGAAUCUGCCGGGUGGUGAUACAUUUCUACGGCACUGACGAGUGGAUCUGCUGUAACAGACUCUACCCGGCCUUAAUCCCUGAAUAUUCGAAGGACCUGGAGCAUGGAUGCCUCCAUCCCCCUGAUGUCCAUUGACACUAAAUAGCGUUCAUAGAUGACUGCGAGUACCUGACGUAAUGCAAGCCGAGUAAUCAGCAUAAAAAACCCUGGAUGGAAUCAAGGUGGAAGUAACCACAGGCGCAUUUUCGCGAGAGGAUUUGGUUGAAUUUUCAGACCAAAUUAUAAUGAAUAACGGGUUUUUUUUUUUCAACCCAGUCCACUAGUCUGUUGAACUCAUCAGCAAUCGGUGUCUGAACCACAUCCAAAAAUGUCUCGACCCACCUCCGGAAGUAGGUCGAUAAGUGGACGGGAGUAAAACGGAUUUACCAGAAACCUCGAAAA